AUGGCUCCUAAAUGUCCUACACCCUCUACAUCCUCUAGUGAACCCAAGAAGAAGAGAAAAAUGAUGACGGUGAACGAGAAAGUGAAAUUAUUGGACAUGCUUAAGGCAGGCAGUAGCUAUGCGUCUGUUGCCAGCAUGUACAGACUGAAUGAAUCAACGGUUCACUACAUAAAAAAAGAUGAAUUAAAAAUCUGUAAAACUGCCUCAAUAACGUUCUCCAAGGACACUAAGCUCGUUGUAACUCCUCGUAAUAAGAGGAUUGUGCAAAUGGAGAAUGCGUUAUCAGUGUGGAUAACGGACUGUCGGGUAAAGAAGGUUAGUCUCAAUACCAACAUCAUUCGAACUAAAGCCAAAACCCUUUAUGAUAGCCUCGUUCCUGAAGGGGGAUCGAACGAAGAGGACAAUGAUGGUGAUGGCGAUGAUGAAGAUGAUCCUACCCCACGAGAAAAACGGGGUUUUGUUGGCAGCAAGGGCUGGUUCGAGAAAUUCAAGAGGAGGUUUGGCCUUCGCAGCGUUCUGUUGUAUGGGGAGGCUGCCUCGGCAGACCAAGAGGCAGCUCUUCGUUACGUCGAGGACGAGUUCCCAAAAUUAAUUAAAGAGGGCGGCUAUAUCCUGGAGCAGGUGUUCAAUAUGGAUGAAACUGGCCUCUUCUGGAAGAGGAUGCCAUCCCGGACAUUCCUUUACAAGGACGAAGUGAAGAAGCCAGGGUCCAAGGCCCACAAAGAUAGAGUCACUCUGCUCAUGUGCGGGAAUGCCACGGGCUUCAUGCUCAAGCCCGGCUUAAUUUACAAGUUGUUGAAUCCUCGUGCUUUGAAAAACAAAAACAAAGCCUUGCUGCCUGUCUACUGGAUGAGUAAUAAGAAGGCAUGGAUAACUAAAGCCCUCACACUCGACUGGAAGACAUGCAACGGACCUGCAUUACGACGGGGUCCAAGUGGAGUUCCUGCCUCCCAACACCACUUCCUCAUACAACCAAUGGAUCAGGGGGUCAUUCGGGUCUACACGAGGUCCACAAUGGAGGGCCUCAUCUCCUCCAUCGAUGCAGGCGACGAUGACUUCAGCCUCAAGAGAUAUUGGCGGGAGUUCAACGUUGUGACGUGCCUGGCCAACGUUCAGAACGCUCUUAAGGAGAUGAAACAGCAAACACUGAAUGCAAGUUGGAGAAAAUUGUGGCCAGACAUCGUUCAUGACUAUGAGGGAUUUAUGGCAGACGAAGUUCAUCACUCCGCUGUAGAUAAGGCUGUGAGCCUGGCGCGGUUGGUAGCCAACGAAGGUUUCUCCGACAUGACGGCGGAAGACAUCAACUCACUGAUCGAGUGCCACUCGGAGCCCCUAGUCAACGAAGACCUCGUUGAAAUGACAAGAUCGGCAAGUGAGGAAGAAGAAGAGGCAGCCGACGACGGCGAUGGCGACAAACCUGUGCAACGUGGCCUUACAUUGCACAAUCUGCAAGAGUCUGCAACAUGGCAUGGGCUAUGCAACAAAGGGCGCAAGAAAUCAAUGAGCCAUCGAAUUCAGUAA